CUCUUCCAGUUCAAUCUGAGCCUUCGCCAAGACGCAGGGCAUCAGAAGGAGCUAGCCAAAGGACUAAUUCCCCUUUCUUUUCCUUAGGCUCCUUCAUCCCAGGUCGUCUGGUCCUCGGACUCAACGAUCUCUGGACUGGCUCGAAUUUUUCGAACAGGUCCAUCAGGGAGAGACACUCCCUCCUCCUAGUAAGGCUGUUGAGGAAGCCGAGUCGCAUUCCAGAGCAGGAGACACAUCCAAGGGCCCGCCAAUUCCUGCUCGUGCGAGCUCUCCACAGGUUCAAACUUUUGAGACUUCCUAUACCGAAGCCGACGAUAUGUCGCGGCGUGUUACUGGACCCCGGUCCGCCUUGACCGAUUAUUUGGCCGCCAACAACAUUUCCGCGACCCGUAUCCGACAAGAGGCUGAGCAACGACGAGGAGCCGCUGCGACCGAACGUGGAGAACCCCCGGUCCAAAAUGACGUGGCCGAGGAGUCGUCUGUCGCUGAAGAAGCGGCGGCGGCCGCCGUGACAGUUACCGAAGCUGGCCCGUCCACCCGCCUUCGCACCCGCAGCGCCAGAAGCGGACAUACCGAGACCAAUGCCGACCAAGAGAAGAAAAAGAAGACUCAGAAGCAAGUCAUCGAGAAAAUCAAGGCCCAAAAGGCAGCCAAACGCCGCAAGAAGAAUGAUGGUGACGACGGUGACGAUUUUGACUUGGACUUUUUGGACUCGGGCAAGGCUGCCCUCCCUGGCCAGAGGGACAAUUGUGAGGACUGUGGCCAACGCUUCACGGUGACUCCAUACUCUCGAACCGGCCCUAAUGGCGGACUCCUCUGCAUGUCGUGCAGUCGGGAUUUGAACAAGAAGGACAGCCAGGGAAAGAAAAGGAAGAAACGCAUCUCUACCGGGCCAGUGGGAAAGCGUCGCCAAGUUCAGAGCACCAUCAUGGACGGCAGCUUCCAACUCGGAGCUCCUUCCCUCGUGUCUCUCUGCGUCAAUACUCUUGCCAAGAAUGCCCAUCUGGCCGAUAGCCUGGAGCAUAUGCCGGAGCGUAGCAUUGAUGCCAUCGCGCAGCACUUCAGCCGACACCGGUUGGUGAAUCCUAACACUCUGCCUCUCUUCCUCCAGCCUGGGGCCACUACUAUCCGGGUCUAUGACUGUGCCUACCUCGGAUCGCAUGACUUGACCAAGAUCCUCCAAAUCUGCCCCAAGUUGAAGCACCUGACACUUCGGAAUGCCAUUCAGUUCAAGGAUGAAGUCAUGGACUUCUUGCUGAGCCGCCAUAUCGAGCUGGAGACCUUCUCGCUGCACGGUGCCAACCUACUCUCCGAGGAUCGGUGGGAGAGGUUUCUGGCUACGAAAGGCGAGCAUCUGGUUAAACUCAGCGUCUGGUUCACCGAUAGGCAUUUCGGGGACAACAUCGUGUCUAGACUCCACUCGUGGUGUCCUAAGCUCGAACGCCUCAAAAUCGAUGGCAAUCAGGAGCUGACCAGCGAAGGCGUCAAGGCCAUCGGUAAGAUUCAGUCCUUACGACAGCUUUACCUGCGGAUCACGCAAAACAUCACGCCUAAGGCCCUCGUUUCGCUCAUUGGCGCUAUCGGGGCCAAGCUGGAGGUUCUCGUUUUGGCGGAUGUUCCGGAAUGCAACGACGAGGUCCUUACGGCCAUCAAGAAACAUUGCACCGCUCUCAGGAAGCUCCGCAUCAUGGAGUCGGAACAUAUAACCGAUGAGGGGUUUACCGAUCUUUUCACGAACUGGGGUAAUUCGCCGCUCAAGAACAUCAGUUUCGCGGCGUGCCGGCACUUGGACGCGGUGGUCCCCCGCGAGAACCCGGACAAGGUCGGUCUCUGUUCUGAUGGAUUCCGCGCCCUGAUGGAUCAUUCCGGGCAGAAACUCAAACAACUGGACAUUGCUUCCUGCCGCCACGUGGGCAAAGCAGCCUUGGAAGAGGUAUUCUCGGAGACCAAAAAGUAUCCCGACCUCCUGUCGAUCGACGUUAGCUUCUGCGAGGACGUGGACGAUUUUAUCGUCGGCCGUAUCUUCCGAAGCUGCCCGGCGCUGAAGGAGCUGAAGGUGUUUGGCUGCAUGCGGAUCGGCCGGGAUGUCCAGCCACCCCGUAACGUGGUCCUUUUGGGCGUUCCCAAUGCCAUGGGUGUCGAGAUUGGCGGCACGUGGUGAAGGUAGUAUUUCUGACGACUGAAAGGGGCAUGGAGAGGCGAAACGGAGAGCAAUGACAUGGCGAACCGGCGAAACGCGUUGUUUCGAAAUUUACGGGCUUUCGGCAUCUGCAGCGUUACGCAAAAGGGGCUGAAAAGGUUUAACAUGGUCGUAGUCCUCCCUCCUCCUUUUAUCUGACGAGCCAUUGCAUGAGUGUACAGGU